AUGCCCUCCGCCGAUACUGCAGCUUCUGCCGCCGGCGAGGACGUUCGAGUCCUUGGCUAUGACCCUCUUAUUCCCCCUGCCCUCCUGCAAGCCGAGGUUCCUGCAUCACAAGCAUCAGUCGAGACUGUUGCCAAAGGUCGCCGAGAAUGCAAAGAAAUCAUACACCAGCGGGAUGACAGACUUCUUGUCAUGGUUGGACCCUGUUCCAUCCAUGACCCUGCAACAGCUCUUGAAUACGCCGGUCGGUUGAAAGAGCUUGCGGAAAAGCUGUCGUCGGAUCUAUGUAUCAUUAUGCGUGCCUACCUAGAAAAACCCCGGACCACAGUGGGCUGGAAAGGUCUCAUCAACGAUCCUGACAUUGAUGAGUCGUACAAAAUAAACAAAGGCCUUCGCGUCUCGAGACAGCUCUACGCCGACCUUACCUCAAUGGGCAUGCCUAUUGCGAGCGAAAUGCUCGACACAAUCUCGCCGCAAUUUCUGGCUGACCUGAUUUCCCUGGGUGCUAUCGGCGCCCGAACAACCGAGUCCCAACUUCACAGAGAACUUGCCUCGGGUUUGUCCUUCCCAAUGGGGUUCAAGAAUGGAACAGACGGGUCACUUUCUGUGGCCAUCGAUGCCGUAGGAGCUGCCGCCGCGAAACACCACUUCAUGGGUGUCACCAAGCAAGGCUUGGCUGCCAUCACCAAAACAGCCGGCAAUGAAGACGGCUUUGUGAUUCUCCGUGGCGGCUCAAAGGGCACAAACUACGAUGCGGAGUCGGUGAAGGCAGCUCGCGCAGCUUUGAAGUCCAAGGGCCAGCGAGAAGUCAUGAUGAUUGACUGCUCGCACGGCAACUCCAAGAAGAACCAUAAGAACCAACCUUUGGUCGCUCAAGCCAUAGGUGACCAGCUGAGACAGGGCGAAGAUGCAAUCGUGGCGGUCAUGAUUGAGUCCAACAUCAACGAGGGCAACCAGAAGGUACCUCCAGAGGGUGGUCUCGAUAGCCUGCAAAAGGGGGUCAGUAUCACGGACGCUUGUAUCAACUGGGAAACAACAGUGGAGGUUUUGGAGCAAUUGGCCGAGGCGGUGCGAGCAAGGAGACAAGUUAGACACACCCAACAGAAUGGGACGAAUGGUGUCACAAAUGGAUACCACUAG